AUGAGGGUGCGCGUUUGGGUGCGUGUGAGGGAGUGCGUGAGGGAGCACAUGAGGGAGCAUUCACCUCUCCCUCCCACUCCGCCAUCGCACUUCCUCCCACCUCACAAUCACUCCGUCCCACCCCGCCAUCUACUCACCCUUUCCUCCCCGCCCUCGCCUCUCCCUCCUACUCGCCGUCACCUCUCCCUCUUCCCCGCCGUCGCCUCUCCCUCCUCCCCGCCAUCGCCUCUCCCUUACGUCCCCGCCGUCGCCUCUCCCAUACCUCCCCACCGUCGCCUAUCCCUCCUCCCCGCCGUCGCCUCUCCCUCCUCCCUGCCGUCGCCUCUCCCUCCUCCCUGCCGUCGCCUCUCCCUCCUCCCUGCCAUCGCCUCUCCCUCCUCCCCGCCGACGCCUCUCCCUCCUCCCCGACGUCGCCUCUCCCUCCUCCCCGCCGUCGCCUCCGGCGACAGGUAG